AUGAAAAUCACCGGCAAACACUUGUUGUGCUUCCUUCUGCUUGCCAUCCCCCUGUCCUGGGCAGAAACCACGAAGAAGGAUGUGAGAAGCCCCGGGAAUGACACAGUUUGGAGCCAGGGGAAGAACAGACGGCUGUUUGCAAGGCGGAAGAUUUCUCCACCACAAGAAAGUCACAUCCCUAAACACAAGUCAAACCCCGUUGCCCCCGCCCGUCGCUGUGGCCGCCUGAUGGAGAGCUGCUCCUCUCACAUGCCGUGCUGCGACCCCUGUGCCUCCUGCCGCUGUCGACUCUUCAACACAAUCUGCCACUGCUGGAGGAUGAACCCACUGUGCUUGAAGAAGACAUAGACACAACACAAAAACAUAAAUCCUCCUGCACACAAUUUCAGACAUAAAGAAAUAUAGACACACACACACUUUCCUCUGGCCUAACCCUUGUGCAGGUCAGAGAAUGUUAUUAUUUUCAGAGAGCAUUGCAGCAUUUUGAAAACCUUGACAUAAAAAAAUGACAACCUUUAACUCUGAAAUGUUUACUGAAUAACCAAAUAGUCUACAUCACAUGAUAUAUUACUGUGGUACAAAGAGGAGUGGUGUUUGCUUUUUUCUGUAUGUAGAAAAACACAUGUAAACAGUGUUGCACUGUGCCUUGGGAAUUUCCCCACAUAUAUGAUUAAUAUCUUUAUUUUUUCUUUGCAGUUUUAAAAUGUGGAUAUAGAGAUUAUAAUUUACAUACACGUUCCUAAUUUUUGAAGCUCGCAGCCCUCAAAACUCUUAAGUGAAAAAAAUUCAAUCUUAAUCAUGUGUUUACAAGUCAUAACA